UUGGAUUUGACUGGAAACUGAUGUCAUUUUUUUGGUCUGGUGUGGAUGCAGUAAGGUGACCAGUUGUUUCAGCUGCCAGACUGCGCAAACAGGACUACAACUGGCUUUUGAUGCUUUGGCGAUGUUUAUUUCAUGGUAGCUUUGGGACGAUCCGAGGUACUAUGGAAUGAAAGGAUAGGGGAAACAGAGGCACUCCAUAGCCAUUGUGGAACAUACUUCAGGGACCUGCCUUUUCAGGCAAAAUCAUUUGUCGAUGCUUCAUGCGGCUGAAGGUUCAAGCUUUUUAGUACCUGAUCCUGAAGCAAUGACCAAUGAGCAACUUGUUGACAUUGGACAGACAAGGCUAUCGGGAUCACUGCCUGAUUGUGGUUGGUCCUGGGACCCGGGCCGAAGAGGUCUUGGCCAAAAGGCGGCUGGAUGCAGGGGGUCGACUCUUGCACGUUCUCACCGAUGACGGUCGUGGCGGUCGUGUCUUGGUCCGAGCCUUCGAAGAUCUCGAGGGCUGCUUUCUGUGGCAGCCGCCCAAACGGAAGUCCACGAACUUCGCGAAGCGCUUUGGGGGAAGCACCUUCCGCACGUACUGGUCGACCACGGGCCCGGAUUCGUUUCGAUUGGAGGCAGACGAAACACUCGACAUUCUGCGGACCGAUGGGCGCAUGCAUCACAUCCGUCUUUUAGACAGAGAAGGCCGCAUUGAGGCUGAGAUGUCCGGAGAGGUGAUUUUAAAUCCGGAUAUGCAGGUGGCCCAGGAAUUCGAUGUUCAGGUCAUCAACCCGGAUCUCAAAGCCUGCGGAACCUUUUCCUUACGUUAUAUGAUGCUGUCCUUUGUCCUGUUACUGCUAUGGCAUACUGCUCGGGGGGUAGUCUCCAUCCACUUCGAAAGGCAUGCUGAAAACGGGGACUUUCCAUGGUGGAGGGUCUUGUUGGUGUUGAUCAAUGGUGCGCUUUUUUUGCUCGUGGGGUCUGAGCGAGACCUUUUCCUUCAGCUUUGCAGGCCUGCCACCCACGUGCCUCAGUCACGCCGUAGGCAUUUUUGCAGGAAUUGUGGUCUGUGUCGGAGCAAGUGCUUUGCAAGCAGGUGAUUUGGCUUCGUCCAUUCUGGCCGGCACGGUGAUUGGCAUUCUAGGUCCAGGCUUUUUGUACUACCGAACCAGAGGCAUUCACCCUGACCGCCGAUUUCCGGCGUGUCUGGGCUUUACUUUGGCAAACAUUUCAGGAACAGCUGGUCCUGGAGCACUUGCAUCUGGCAUCAUCCUGGUCUACACGUUCUUGCUUGACAGCGAGCAGCAGACAGCGGCCACCCUGUUCCUGCCCAUCGCGACUGCUUUAGCUGAGCCUGCAUGCGUCCUCUAUGCCAAGACCAUCUACUCAGCCUUUGUCGUUGCAAAGCGCCCUGCAGUCCCUGGCGACACAGCUCUCAUCAAUAUGCCUUGGAUGCUUAUUGCUUCCCACAGCUAUGCUGAGUCUGCGCGCCUUGUGGGAAUGUUUUCGAGCGCUGUGCGUGGGGGAGAGUUCACAUGGCUGGGGUCUGCAUUUUUGACGAUCACCCUGAACGUCCUUGCUCGACUUGGAUGGAUGCGGUGGUUGGCCUUCCAACUGUCCAAAAGGCUUCUGGGAGUACGCAUAGCACUAGCCAUUGCAGCGCCCACUGCCUGGUCCAAGCUUCAUGAUGAAGUGAAGAUCUAUGGGGGCUAUAUCCGAUUCAUCGUGCCCUUAGCCCUUGCAGCUUCAAGAGCCAUCUACUACGUUGACAUCUCUUGGGAUGGACCCUAUGCGCCCAUCUUCAAUCUUUCAGCGACUUGUGCGCUGCCCGUUCUCUUCCUCCUUGAGGGCUUAGAGGACUACAUCGUGAUCAAUGAGUGGCUGCCGGUCGGCCCUCUGCCACCCGAGGUGCUGCACAGUCAACCAGGACGUUCCGAUGAUCCUACCAGGCUGAUCAGCGUGGAGCUUCGUCCGGUGCGGUCAUCCGCCGAGGAGGAGCGGCGACUGGAAGAGUUCAGGUCCGAGAAAUCCGCGACGAAGUCGAAGAUGGACGUGGUCUGCUCGACUCAGACGCCUGAGCUGCUGGGCUCCGUGCACGCCGUGGGCGGCCGUCGCUCCUCGUGGCACUCGCGGCUGCGGCGGAUCCUGGGACAGGAAAGGGCCCUGGUGCCAGCAUUGGUUCUGCACGGCCUGAGAGAGAUGAGCUUCAUCAGUCAGCUGUCAGCCAUCGCCUGCAUCAGCGAGUUUACGCUGGGCUUUAUAGGCACUGCCAUAGGUCCAGGGUAUGCUCGUGGACUGUGUGAGACGGGGAACAACUUGGAGCCAUUGUCAGUUCUUUGGCUGCCGGUGCCGCUGACCUGCUAAGUCGUUGAGUGUUUUAGCUUCGUAUUUCUGAGGUUGAACUACUCUUGCAGCGAGUUGCUUGGGGGAUUCCGC